AAGUAUUUGAGCGGCGUCUUUAUCAGGGCAGUUUAGUUCUGCUGGACGCAUCAAUAAUUGUGUGCAGGCACCCGGAAAAAAAUAAUAGACUCUUUCUUUUUCCAAAUCUUUUUUUAAAACAAUUUUUAAAUAUAAAGAAAUUGAGCAGCGAGUCCAGCCACGAGGAGUAGGCUUUUACCAGAAACUGAAGCAUGAAUUUUCUUUGUCAAAAUCCUAAGAGGUGCGUUUUCACAGCAAAAACAAUAUAAAAACUACUCUGCCAAAAAAGGAAUUAGUCCAGCUCACACCGACAUUUUUUUAGUGAAAAAUAUAGGCUAGCAUCCUUAUUAAUUGAUAAGAAAGGACAGGACAACACGAAAUUGGAAUUACUUCUUGCCUUGAAAAAAAGGGGGGCAGAGAAAGAGGUGCUGAGGGUGAUCAGGCUUCAUCAUUAUGGAAGAAAAUGCUCGCCGAGACCCAGAGCGCGCACAGGACUUCGACGAGGAGUCCAACCGGGCCAUCCUGCCUCUCCUCCAGCCACCUGGCAACCAUCAGUCCCACAGGAUCACAAACUUUUACAUCGACAACAUUUUGAGACCGGACUUUGGUCGAAAGAGGAAGCACGGGGCUCUGGUCCGGGAGGGAGACGGUCUGGGUCUGGGAGUGAUCAUACGCACAGAGAAGCUCACAGGGACAAAGUCUUCCAAAACUGGCAACCCGCAGCAGGGUGGAGCAGGAGGCGAGGAGGAAGAAGAAGAAGAAGAGGAUGAGGACACGGGAGCAUCCGACGACCAGCAUCCGGACACUGAGGCCAAGAGGCCGGACCUGAGAGCCGGGGAUGCGGCUGGGAAGGCUCGGGGGAGCGGCGGGGACCGAUGCCGCAGCCCCGAGGCCGGCUCGGCCCCUGCGUCCAAGCCACCGAUGCUGUGGCCGGCCUGGGUUUAUUGCACGCGCUACUCGGACCGUCCGUCAGCAGGGCCCAGAUCCCGCAAACCAAAGAAGGAAUCGACCCCGAGUAAAGAGGACAAGCGGCCCCGGACGGCCUUCACCGCGGAGCAGCUCCAUCGGUUAAAAACGGAGUUCCAGAGCAACCGGUACCUGACCGAGCAGCGGCGGCAGAGCCUGGCCGGGGAACUGGGCCUUAACGAGUCUCAGAUCAAAAUCUGGUUUCAGAACAAACGGGCCAAAAUCAAGAAAGCCACCGGGAAUAAAAACGCUCUGGCGCUGCAUCUCAUGGCGCAGGGACUGUACAACCACGCCGGGUCCAAGGACGCCAAGUCGGACAGCGACUAGAGGAGACACGGAGGGACAGGAGGGGGUUCUGAACCAUGCAAUAAAAUCACUUCAGUACCAGCAUUCAUAUUUAAAAACUCAAACAGAGACGAUAUUGUGACAUUUUGUUCGUCGUGUGUGUGUGUGUGUGUGGUGUGUGUGUGUGGUGUGUGUGUGUGUGUGUGUGUGCAGGAUAUGCGUCCACAGGGCUGUAGUAGCCUGUAAAUGACGAUGUCCAAUCCAAAUCAAAAUGUAUGCUGCGUUCAUGUCAUAGACAGAAGUCAGGAUUUUCCACACAACUGUUACAAGCUAAAACCCGCAACUUCUGUAGGCCUACACCAACAGCCAUAGCUGCUUCUGUUAGAUCGGAUUUUAGUAACUUUAUAGGCUGCAUUAUUUGAUUUGGGUCUGUCUGUUAAGAAGGCCGAUUCUGAACUCUGUGUGGCACGUAAAGGCAACAUUUCAGAAUUGGCGGUCGCUUAUUGAGAAAAGAGUGGCCUAAAACAUGUAUAUGUGUUAGCUAAAAGCAGACUAGCCUACCAGCCGCUGGCAGAUGAGGAGGUUUGGGAUAAAACAUGUGCUUCAAUGUAGACUAUAAUUAAAAGGCUAUUAUUAUUGGUUAUGAAAAUAUGACCAUUUUGAAAUUGUUUAACAUUAUAACUAAGGCUAUAGUUCUAAUAGUGUACCCCCCAUCUUUGACCUCAUAGUAGCCUAUUAUUUCAGAAACUUCACACAUUUCAGUCUAUUCAAUUUCCAAAGGUCCCACCUGAGUUGUUUGGGGGUUUUUUUUUCCUGUGAAGAAACCAGAAUACCGAUAUUCUGACACACGUGAAUGCAGCAUUCUUGGGUCAGAUGGGACGAAUAGGCUACAGAAAACAUAUCUUCGACUUUUUUUUUUUGGAGGCAUGGAAAGAGAGCAAAGCACGUUCAAUAGGAGCUUAGAAAUCACGCACGAGCUCCAUGCAGGGAUGAGAGAAGUGGACUGGACAGCCGUCACGAGCACUACAGCCCUGUGUCCCGUCAGCCUCAGCUGAUGUGUCUGAGGGACUUUUAUUGUUUAUGAAAACUAUAUGCUGAAAUCCAAAGAUUUUUUUCUGCUGCAUUCUGGGAACUGUGAACUGAGAAAAUAGCCUAUACUUUGUGUUGUCUGUGUUUUGUAGCCUACUUUUUUAUUAUUAUUACAUAUUUGGCUAUUUUCUGCUCUUUUCCUUUUUUAUUCUGUCGGCGUGCUGUUGGUCUACUGAAUGUCUACCUGGGGGUCUGGUGGUUUUGGAGUAGCCAACAUUUUAUAAUAACGACACGUUUUUUUAUAUCUGGAAUUAAAAGUUGUUUUAUAAAACUGUGUGGUGAAGGGGAAAACUGUUAUCUUUUAAAAAAUGGGCCCCUUAAACCCAAAGAAUGGAAACUGAACAAACGCCUGUUUGAAUUUUUAUCAAGUGUGGGUGUGUGAGAAAACAAGACCCUUUUCCAGACAAUGUCAAAAACUCUUCGAUUUUAAUUUUUUUAAAGGAAAAAAAAAAAAAAAAACAUUUAAAAACAAGAACACAUUUUUUUUUUGUUUUUUUUUUUUUUUCAAAAAAAACCUAGCCUUACCCCCCCUUUUAAUCAGUUCACAUGAUGUCCCAAAGCCAACCUCGUAAAAAGGGCAUUUCCCCCCAUAUGUCCAACGCGCGACUUUGGGACCGCACCCCCCCCGGGCCCAACCCCGGCCCACCCCGGGCCCGGGUAUAUUCCCCCGAAGUUUCAAGAAAAAGGCACCCUUUUUUUUGUUUAAAAAAGAACCGUUAUAUUCUUUUUAUAAUACAACGACAGUCUAUACCAUGUGGAAAGGGGGGUUGGAGUGUUAAUAAUUUUUUUUCCUGCAAAACUUUGUUUUGAAAAGUCAUUGACAGGCCUUUGCCGGUCUAAUUAUGUGGAUCCGAACCAAAUGGGUUUUCGAGCUGUGAAGUUUCUUUUUUUUUUUUUUUUAAUUUUUUUUUUUAGGAAGUCAGUUUGGUCUUUUACUUAUUCAGUUUCAACCCUGGAAAAGCUUCGCCUUAACAAAGAUUUGUAAAUUUGUUAGGUUAAAAAAAAGCAGCGGGUGUUUUCUAC